CUUGCGUGCAAAUUAAAGGUGUUUAUAAAUUUCAGAAAAAGAAGGUGGUAGGUUGGGGAUUAAAGCAAGUUAAUGUAUAUUGUACAGUGGGCAUUAAAACAAGUUUAUGUACAUUGUACAGUGUGCAGCUAGUGUUGUUGCAGGCCCUAAAGUUGGACUACAGUAUAUGCAGUUAUUAAAAUGUUGAUCUUGUAAAGUUGAUUUGGAAUUUCAGUGUUUAGUAUAAAGAAGAUGGAUUGGUUAAGGAUUAGUUUCUGCUAUGAGAUGUCUAGAAAGCCUAGAAAGGUGUAGGGAGACAGUGUACCACCCUAAACCGGCCUCGAACUGCGCAGGCGCGAACCCUCCCUAGUUAAAGUUCCUACUUCUCUGGUCGGUACUCGGUCUAGAGAGGUCUCAGUCUAAUAUUGAUGUUGGGACGGGACCCGUGUAGUUCCUAGUGAGCCUGGAGACGGGAGGAGGAGGAGUCAGGAUGAACUUUGUGAUGAUAACAGUGUACGGGAGUGCUAUCCUGCUCCUGGUGCUCUGGGUCUUCCUCUGGUUCGUUCACAUCCUAGCCCUGGUCUACGGGAAGUGGAGAUUACACCGGAAGAUAGAUCAGCCGGACACAGAGAAGCAAGAAGAUCUUGCUGGUGUUAGUAUUCUGAAACCUCUCUGCCAAUCACAGGAACAUUAUCAUCUUCAUUAUAUUUGUAAAAAGCUUGAAUAUGAGAUACUCUUCUGCAUACAGGAAGAAGCAGAUGUUCAUACUCAAGCAAUUAUUAAGAAACUGUGUGACUCCUACCCUGACGUUGAUGUCUCCAUCUACAUUGGCGGCGAGGAGGUUGGGGUCAACCCAAAGAUCAACAAUAUGACCCCAGCCUACAGAGCUGCUAAAUAUCCACUAGUUCUAGUCUCUGAUGCUGGCAUCAAAAUGAAAGAGGAUACACUGCUUGAUAUGGUUCAAUGUAUGAAGGAAAAAGUUGGGUUAGUUCAUCAGAUGCCGUUUAGUUGUGACAGAACAGGUCUUCCUGCCAUACUUGAAAAGGUAUACUUUGGAACGGGGCACGCUCGUAUUUAUCUCUCUGCCAACUUACUCGGCAUCAAUUGCGCGACGGGGAUGUCUGCGUUGAUGCGGAAGCAGCUGUUAGAUAAUGCCGGGGGAUUGGAAGCUUUUGGAUGCUUUCUAGCAGAGGACUUCUUCUUUGCUCAAUCCAUUCAGGAUCAAGGCUACCACAUUGUUAUUAGCUCCCAGCCAGCCUCACAGAACCCAGGGCAAUCAUCUAUCACAUACUUCCAGAAUAGAAUAUCUAGAUGGACUAAGCUACGAGCUGCAAUGUGUCCGCAUACAAUAUUGUUAGAACCUAUAUCCGAGUGCAUGGUUGCAGGAGGACUUGCAGCCUGGGCUUCAUAUCUACUAUUCAGGACUGAUCCUCUAGUAUUCUAUCUUGUACAUAUUCUCUGCUGGUUUCUGUCCGAUUGGGUUCUAAUUCACAUAGUUCAGAAUGGAUCUCUGCCAUUUAACAAAUUCGAAUUCAUGGUGAUGUGGUUGUUUCGUGAGCUAGGUGCUCCGUAUAUAUUCCUCCAUGCGUUACUAAACCCAGGAAUACGCUGGCGUAAUCUAGAAUUUAGACUACAAUGGGGAGGUAAAGCAGAGGUUAUAGUCCAUAAACCUACUCAAAUAGACUACAAGGAGCAGAAGGAUCAUGUGACUAAAGACUACAAAAAUAAAGAUGAAUUCAGUUUGGACUACCGGGAGUCGAAAAGUGGACUUUUAGAACCUACUGAAUUUUAUGUGGUGAAAGAAAGUGGGUACUCUUUGAAAGACUACAAAAUGGUCGGGUUAAACGACUAUAAGAAGAGUAUGAUUAAAGACUACCACAUGAAUGAGUUAAAUAUCUCCAGUGACUCAGGUCUGGAAAUGAAGUCUGUGAUAUAAGUCAUUACGUCUAUUUAUUUUACGUCACAUAUACACAAACAUGUAUAGAUAUAUAUAGGUAAAUGUUAAUAUAUGUACAUACAUAUAUAUAUAUAUAUAGGUAAAUGUUAAUAUGUGUACAAACAUAUACUUUAGCUGCGUUUAUAUACUGGAGUCUCAACAAAAAAGUUGUUUUGCGGAAAACGCGCAAACAUUUUAUAAUUCGUGCAAAUUUUAACAGUGAAGUGAUGAUUCUGCAAAGAAAUGCGCAAAGUGAAUUAUUUGUAUUAUCUUUAAAACAAUGAAUGUAGAAUCCGGCUCCAAUCUAAUUAAAAAACACAAGAAAUUCUUUAGAAUUCCCGUUAAAAGGCGGAAGUAUUAAAUUUUAACAAUUAGAUCUCAGUGACAUUAAAGUGGUUGAAUUGAACAACAGUUCAACGACAAGAUUACAGUUCAACUACACCUCUAUAUCGUUCAUACAUUUUUAACUUUUCUUAUCUCGGCCUAUAGUCAAUUAUUAUGAAAAACCGUUUAAAGGAUCAAAAACGUUUUAAGUCAACGUUGAAUAAACGUUUGCAACGGCUGUAAGGGCACUGUUUGAAAUCGUUUAAACAUCAAAUAUAGAAUCACUGAGAGUUGAGCAUAAGUGGAGCUAUUUUGUAGAAAAAUAAUACUAUAAACCUUUUUAUUGGUAAAUAUGUAUUCUGUAACUUGAUAGUGUCUGUCCUAACAUGUUUAAAUACUUGUAGAGAAUAGGAAACAUUCAUUGUGCAUUGUUUAUAUAUAUAUUUUCAAUUUGUGAUUUUACUUCAUUUUCUUAUUAUUAGGAUCAAAUUUAUUGUCUAUUGUUUUAUUAUAGAAAAACUUGUCUUGCAAUUUGUAAAUAUUUUUUUUGUUAUUUUUAGAUUUAAUCCAUUGCUGGAUUACUUCUUGUUGAAACAAAUUGGCGCAAAUAUCAAAAUUUUAUAUGUUUUAUAUGUACAGUGUACAUUAAGAUUGAUAUUAUACUGUACCGGUUUGUACCAGGGCAUGAUCUCUUAUGUGUAGAGUUUUUGUACAUAAUUCUUGUUGUUUGCAAAUUGGGAGAAAAAUGUGAUUUGAAAGUAUAACAAAUUGUUGCCCCCAGUACAGUGAAAUGUUUAAAAAUUGAAUAAAUAGUAUGUCAACGUUU